UCAACAGUGGAUGUGAAAAAGUUUGGAGGUCUCGCUGAAAUCACUUUUCUCCAACUAGUUUCACAUAUAUGUGCUUUGUUUUUUUUACUUGAGGAGGCUUUUAGGUCAAAGUUUGCAUCGGAAAUCAGUGGCAGUCUGAGAGUUUUUGAGAGUGAUUUCUCCAAUUUAUUUUUUCCCUGCAGGAAUACGGAGAGAGAGAGAGAGAGGAGAGAGAGAGAGAGAGAGAGAGAGAGAGGGGGGAAACGGUCUGGCUGCUUGAAGAUUUGUUUCGACACCAAACUUUGGCGACAUGGACGCGCACCGCGGCGCGCCUCCGGCCGGGCAGCAGAUCGUGCACGUCCGCGGGGACUCGCAGACGGAGCUAGAGGCCCUCUUUAGCGCCGUGAUGAACCCCAGCAAGUCGUCCAGACAGCCACCCUCUCUGCCCAUGAGGAUGAGGAAACUGCCGGACUCCUUCUUCAGGCAGCCGGAUUCCCGAGGCCACUCCAGACAAGCCAGUUCAGAUGGAGGUGUGUGCGGCUCCCUCACUCCUCAUCACGUCCGCGCCCAUUCCUCCCCUGCCUCCCUCCCAGUCAACUCACUCUCCACUCAAGCAGCAGAUGUAGCAGCGAUCAUACCUGACGACGUGCCACUCCCCCACGGUUGGGAAAUGGCCAAAACGCCUACUGGCCAACGCUAUUUCCUCAAUCACCUGGAUAAGACAACCACUUGGCAUGAUCCUCGACUUUCGCAGCUUCAGUCGGCUGCAGCUCAGCAUCCCAUCUCUGGCACUCCGGUCCACGCCCACUCUCUCAGCAACCCAGCACCCACUACACAACCACAAAACAUCAAUCCAGAGACAGCCCAGAAGAUGAACCCUGGCAUCCUUGGCUUGGCACUGCAGCAAAGGCAGGAAAAGGAAAGGCUCAGAUGCAAACAAGGCCUCCCUCAACAAAUCACACAGGAGGCAGGAGGAAGGAACCAGAUGCCCGGUGGGAUGGACCAUGACAGGAACACACAGACACUUGUCCCUUCUCUGGAUGUCAGGAUCAGAGCCUCAAACCACGAACCCACACUUAAUGGCGCUCACUCUCGCAACGAGAGCACUGACAGCGGCCUGAGCGUAAGCAGCUUACCCCGCACAUCGGACCACGUGUUGAGCUCUGUGGAUCACAUGGACACUGGUGAUUCCGGCGACACCUCCUCAAUGACCCUACAGGAGUCGAUGCCUGUGCUCCCGAUGUCUGAGGGCGAGGAGCUAAUGCCUUGCAUCCCCGAGGGUCUCAGUUCAGACCUUCUGAUGGACAUGGAGACUGUUCUCUCUGGGUCGCAUAUGGACAGAGACAGCCUGCUCACCUGGCUAUAGACACACCCAGCCACUGCCCCAAAUAGGGUUUGACAUCAAAUCUUCAAACAUGACUUGAGAGAAUUCUGAAGAAUCUUUGGCUUCAAAAGUGGUACAGAACAACAUUACUGAGAGAAUAUGCUACUGCUGUGUGAUGGAUACCUAACACUACUCGCACCCUGAGGAAUGAAAAACCUGACUCUCACAGAAGGUGGUAAGCUGCUGGUGUUCUCCUCUUUUUUUGUCCUGGUUUUACAGAGAUUCAUGACAGAGCAUCCAUAUUUUUACAACACUCCUUUCUUUUUAGUCAUCAACUUCAGAUGAUGCUCUCCAUGUCUUUGGUGAAGUGAGUCACAGCUAAUUUUAGAGUACAGCUUUCUUUUAUUAUCCCAAUUUGGGUAAUCGUAAUUGUGGCAAACAUUUAAAAACACAAUUUAAUAUCAAUGAAGUCUGCAUGUCACAGUUACAUAAAUGUAAAAAAUAUGCGUUCUAAUUACAUAAAAGUUACUCAAAAGAUCAUAUCCACAUUGCCCUCUGUAACCUGAUAUAGUUUGUGGGAUAAAAGAGCAACAUGUGGUGCUACUACCUCUGUUGUUCUGAAGAAGCGUCAGGUCUGAGAGCAAGAGAUGAAUCAAAGAAUUUAUCUGGAUUUACACUACAUUGGUAACAUAAAACCAAAAAUCCCUGCUCGAAAUAAUCAAAUCUCACAUUACCACUGCUACACAGAAACAUCAGGGGGGAGAGGACGCACCCUUGUGGUAAGCCAGCAGAAGAACACUAACACGAUUUUUUACUCUCAAACUUUUAGUUACACAAGCCAAAAAACAGUAUUAUAACCCUCAUCAGAGUCACUUACAAGUCUGUGUGGAAUACCUUUGAGGUUUUCCAUAAUUAGAUUAAGGAGGAUACUCUUUAUCUUUGGUCACAGAGGAGACUUCUUUCCUAACAAAUGCCUGUUAAAAGCCUUCACAUUUAGAGAAAUAAAGGGCUUAGUCUUAACUUUGUGCACUAAAACUACAAUAAAGUGUAUGUUUAGGAUCUCUCUUUAAGGAACGCUGGAAUAUAAAGAGGAUGUCUACAGUAACUGAACGUAUGUUCAGUAUAAUGCAAUCCAACACAAUACAGCAUCUCCCCCAGGAAAGGCAUGAUACAUUUAUUUAGUAGAUGAAGGCCAAAACCACAGCCACACUAGAUAUAUGUCAUUGCUGUGUGAAAUAGCAUUAUUUUAUAAAAGUGGCUUGAUUUUAUUAACCAGCCUACCACCCUGCAGGAAAACCCUGCUAUAAAAUCAUGAAGUUACUAAUAUUCAGUUUUUGUUAAAACUGUUAUAAUUUUUGUUGUUUGUAUUGGAUUGCAUUUUAUUGUCAAGUGUUCCAGUCAUUUUGUCCACUCCAGCAUUGAAUAUAAGCUUCACAAAGGUAGUAUUUAUUGGAGAUUUGUUUUAUUGGAUUGCAUGAUAUUGUACAGUUGUAAUAUUAUUAUGUGCACCCCUUGUUUAAGAAAUGAUGCCACAUUUGCCAUCAGGGCUUGGACGUUAUCUCUCCUUUGUCUGCAGCAGAGAUUUUAGUUCUGAGCAGCUCCUACACUGGCCCAAAACAUAAAAGAAAAAUAUUCAAUUAUUAACUUUUCUCACUUUUCCCACUAUUGGUUUAUACAUUCCUAAUAAUUUCCUUGUUCACAUCUUAAGCAUCUAUUCAUUCAGUGGCAUCAUAGGUUUGUUUUUUUUCCACAGAAAGACAAACAACCACUAACUGUCUCUGCCAAGUUUUUAAGUUUUAGCUCCUAAACUAGAACUAAUACAGUACAACAUUAGAAUAAUCUUUUUAGAGUAUUCUCUAGCAAAUGCAAUCUUUCAUUUUAACCCAUUAAUGGGUAAACAUGUUGAAUAUCACAAAAACACAGUAAAAUAAAAUCCCUUUUAUGUAAGCUUUGAAGUUUCUGCUAAUACAUUUUCAUAUUGUAUGGAUACGUAUGGAUUAGAUGCCUGGAACAGUAGAAAAAAACACAUUCAAGUAUCUUUAGCAGAGCAGCAUGAUUUUGUUAAAUAAUUAGCAGCGACGUAAAAUGUAUUUGUUGUAAAUACACUAAAAACUGCAUAAUCACUGGUAAAA